AUAUUGUAUAAUAAUACUAAUACAUAAAAUUCAAUAUUGUGAAUGACAAAUGUAAGAGAUGUGAACGAUAUGUAGUGAAUGCAGAACAUUAUGUCAGUAUCCUAUAUUGGUAUGUUACGUGUGUGCUUAAUGAAACAAUUACUGUUAAAAUUAUUUAAUUAUGGGAGGAAAUUAAGCAAGUAUUAUCAUUAGACUGUAAUUAAUUCACAAUUCAAAUUUGAUACAAUAGCUUAUUAAUUGUUAAUACAUUCAAAUUAAGCUAUUUAAUAUCAAAUACAUAUUUCAUGUUGUAAAAGAUAAUUUUUUGUUAAACCAGCUGAAUUAAUAAUUAAUCUGACAAUAAAAUUGACUAGUUAUGAGAGAUCCUCAGAGUUUAGAAACAAAUAGAUUGUCAACUACUUCAAUGAGCAACAGUACUUCAAUAGACGAAGAACAUGUAUGUAAGCUGGUUCUUUACAUGGAAAUACCAAGUAUCAACGUUCGUGUAUGGGAUGUAGUAAUACUUAUUCCUAACCUAAUAUUCAUGAUGUACUUAGUGACCAAGUUUAGUCGUGCCAGAUUAAAACUACGAGCUGCUAAUAGUCCUAUUUUUUUUACAUUCUACUGUUUGGUUUUAUUCAAUGUAUUUACAAGUAUACUAAGAUGCCUAAUAUCAAUGACACUCAAUUUUAGUAAUUUGGCUGCUGAUUCCAUCAAUAUUACUCUUUGGAUUUUAGUCAAAUGUUUCUUUUUGGCUACUGAAAUGAGUGUGGUAGUAUUUGCCUUAGCUUUUGGUCAUAUGGAAAGUAGAAGCAGUAUAAGAUAUGUACUAAUUACAACAUCAUUUAUUUCAUUAGCUUAUUCUGUUAGUCAAGGAGCACUGGAAAUUUUUAUGCCAGACUCCAUUUUUAGAAUCAAUUCGAAGGAUUUAAAUUUAUUUGGUCAUGGUGGUAUUGUUUUUUGGUUGAUUAGUUCUGUCAUUUUUACUAUGCUAUAUUUGCUCAUAUUGGUAUUGCCUCAAACUAGACUUCGAGAGAAACUUGCAUUACCAGGUUAAUAGUUUUGUUAUUAUUAGUAUUGAAARGUUUCAUUAGCUACCCACGUGUCUUUAGUUUCUUUAUGAAGAAAAAUAAUUAUGAACAUAUUUAUUUUUUAAGUUAUAUUGUACCUUUACCUGUCCUAGUCAUAUACCGAAUUCACACAUAGUAAAAAAUAGUAGUUUAAUAGUACAACAGAUGUACUUAAUUUACAAUGCCCAUUUUACUCUAUGGUGCAUUGCAUACAUAAUUGAGGUUAUUAUAUUWUUAUUAGGUGCAUAUAAUAUAAUUAUCAAUAAUUUUCUUUUACAUCUCAACAUAUGGUAGAUCGGGGAUGGCGAACCUUUUGAUAACUGCGUGUCAAAUCAAAAUGUUUGG